AGUACAGGAUUUUGCCGAGCGUUUGCUACUCGUUUGUUCUCGAUUCUCACCGUUCUCAUUUGAGUUUUGCUGAGUGCUUCAAUUUCCUAUACUGUCGCGUGUAUGUUAGACGGACUCAAACCCUAGCACAAGAACUGUACACAGAACACUAGAAGGCCAAUCAAUGGCGUUCAGAUCGAGAGAGAUGAUGAAGAAGAUCGUGAAAAAAAUGGGAGACAGCAAAUUGGAGGAAUCGCUGAAGAAAUAUGUUCCGGACAGCAAGGUGGUGAUGGGUAGAGCCAAGCGUGGAAUCUAUGCUGGUCGCCACAUCCAGUUCGGCAACAGCGUCAGCGAAGACGGCGGUAACAAGACAAGGAGGAGUUGGAAGCCAAAUGUCCAGGAGAAGCGGCUCUUCAGUUACAUCCUAGACCGCCACAUUCGAGUUAAGGUCACUACGCAUGCACUCAGAUGCAUAGACAAAGCAGGUGGGAUUGAUGAAUACCUGUUGAAGACGCCUUACCACAAGAUGGACACAGAAAUGGGCCUCUUCUGGAAAGCAAAGAUCGAGAAGAUGUACGAAGAACUUGGGGAGAUGGAUGUAGUUUUCUUCUCACCUGAGGAUGAAGUAAAAUUUGAACAGGGCUUUAAAGAACUGAAACUAGCUGAGAGAGCAGCUCGCAGAGAAGCCAGAAGACAGAUAUAUGGUGGGUCUGGCAAACAGGUGCAGCUUGAGGAAGGAGGUGCAGACAUUCAAGAAACCAAUGAGGUCACAGCAAGAGUUCUGGAAGGGAGCUCACAUGUUGAUGCUCCUGAGCAGUUGGUCGCAAACACUUGAGUUGGUGCUUGUCACCAGGGAGGGACGUUGGCAUUUCUAUUAGAAGUAACUGCAGUUUUAGGAUUUUUAGUUUUGGCUCUAAUCUCAACAAUUUUUGGCCCGAGAUCCAGAAGGUUUUUUUUUUUUUUUUUUUAUCUUACAUGUAUUGCAUGAUAUCCUAUGUCAUCCAUUCCAGCUGCUUGUUGGAUAACAAACCAUUGGAUUACCGUGGUUUGAUGAUGAGCCCUAGCGGUAAGCUAUUCACUUUGGCACAGGUAACAAUGGCUGAAAAUCAGCAGAAUAAGUAAGGGUUGGACAGCCUUUCAUGGAACUGAGAACAUAGGAUUGAAACUAAAUCCAUUCUGUUCUUGCUUCAUGUUGUUUGAAGCACGACCUCUGUUC